AACAUGGCGGCCGCCGGGCCGGCCGCGCGUCCGGGGACCAUGAGCCGCAAGGAGUACAAGGCUGCCCUGAAGAAGGAGAGGCGGAGGAAGCGGAGGCAGGAGCUCGCUCGACGGAGAGACGCCGAGCUGCCGCCGUCGGAGGCGGAAGAGGACGCCAUCGCCGAGGAAAGGCGAGUCGAAGAAGAAAGGCUGGCGGAGGAGGAGAGGCAGAGGUUACACCGAGCAUGGCUGCUGCGGGAAGAGAAGGCGCAGGAGGAGUUCAGGGCGAAGAAGGAGAGGGAGGAGGCGGCUCGGCGGCGGAAGGAGGAGGAAGAGAGAAAGCUGCGGGCCGAGUGGGAAGAGCUGCAGAGGAGAGAGCGCGAGGAAGAGGAGCAGAAGCGGCAGGAGAGGAGAGAACGGGAGGAAGCCGUGCGGCAGAUGCUGCGGCGGGCCGAGGAGGCGUUGGGGGGCGGCGGCCCCUGGCAGAACCCGGAGCCGCCGCCGUCGGAGGUCAGGGAGAGAGGUCGAGCCAGCUGUCCGUUCUACAGCAAGACCGGGGCGUGCAGGUUCGGCGAGCGCUGUUCGCGGGCCCACGACUUCCCCGCCUCCAGCCCCACGCUGCUGCUCAAGAGCAUGUUCACCACGUUCGGGAUGGAGCAGAGCCGGCGGGACGACUACGACCCCGACGCCAGCCUGGAGUACAGCGACGAGGAGACCUACCAGCAGUUCCUGGACUUCUACCACGACGCCCUGCCCGAGUUCAAGAAGGUGGGCCGGGUGGUCCAGUUCAAGGUCAGCUGCAACCUGGAACCCCACCUGAGGGGCAACGUGUACGUUCAGUACCAGUCGGAAGAAGACUGUCGGGCCGCCUUUUCUCUUUUCAAUGGACGGUGGUACGCAGGGCGGCAGCUCCAGUGCGAAUUCUGCCCCGUGACCCGGUGGAAGGUGGCCAUUUGUGGCUUGUUUGAGGUACAGCAGUGUCCAAGAGGGAAACACUGCAACUUUCUUCACGUGUUCAGAAAUCCCAGCAAUGAAUUUAGGGAAGCCAACAGAGACACCCACCUGUCGCCAGAUUGGCCUAGCUCCUCCCUCGGUAAGAAUUGGGAGAGGAGGGAAAGGACCGGCCACCAUGAUGAACACUACGUGGGGUCAAGACGAAGGAGCCUGAGUCCAGAGCGCUCCUACGAGAGGAAGGGCGAGUCUGACAGGAAGAGCGGUAGUAAUCACAGGGGGGGAAAGUCUCACAAACACAUGCGGCAAAGUCGUGAGAGGCGCAGGUCACUGAGCAGAGGACGAAGAAGGGAUCACAGCCCUGUCCCCUGGAGCAAGAGCCGGAGGAGUCGCCGGAGCCGGAGUCGGAGCUCAUCAAGGUCCAGGAGUCAUGGCAGGAGGAAAUCAGGUAGUAGAGACAGAACCACCCAGAGUCCCAAAGCUAAAUAAACUUGGUUGUUUUCAAAUACCAGUCUGUUUAUGGCAGCUGCUCCCCUGUACAGUUUGACCAGACUAGUCAAACACUCUUGUGUAAA